AUGUCGUCCGCCUCGCGCCUCGCGCGCGCGUCGACCGCGUCGACGUCGUCGCCGUCGCCGUCGCCGUCGCCGCGUCGGCGACCCGCGACGCGCGCGCCCCGACGCGCACGAUCGGUCCGUCGCGGCGUCGUCGCCGAGGACAGAGAAGGGCGCGAGAAGCGCGUCUCCGCCCCCGCGCCCGCGCCCGCGUUCGCGGCGCCGCCGCGGCUCGCGCGCGCCGCGCGCCCGGAACCCCCGAAGGAGUACCUCCGCCUCGUCGAGCUCGCGGACGGGGGGUGGGAGCUCCAGAGCGCGACGGCGACGUUCCGCGCGCCGCGCGGCGACGACGACGACGACGACGACGACGCGGUCGAGAUCUCGCUCACGUCCACCGUCCACGUCGGCGAGCCGUCGUACUACGCCGCGCUGCAGGAGGAGUGCGACGCGCGGUACGACGCCGUGCUAUUCGAGCUCAUCACGAGCGAGGAGAACCUGAGACCGGGGCGCGCGCCGCCGCCGCGCGACGCGGACGGGACCCGUCGCCGUCGCGAUAAAAACUCCGACUCCGACGACGACGACUUUCUCCCCGCGCUCGCCGCGCGACUCUCGCCGACGCCGGACGCGCGCGCGCUCGCGGAAGCGCACGGCCUCCGCGCGCAGCUCGACGCGCUCGACCUCCAGCGCGACCGAUGGUUCGUCGCGGACCUCCCGCGGAGCGUCCUGAUGCGCGCGCAGGUGGAAGCGGGCGAGCGCGGCGCACAGCUGUCACGCGACGACGCGUCCGCGGCCGCGUCCGCGGCGGCGCUGCCGCCCGCGCUCGAGGCGCUCGUCGUCACCGCGACCGGCCGCGCCGGCGGCGGCCCCGCGCGGCAGCUCACGCGCUCCAUGUGCUGGCUCGUCCCGUGCCCCGAGGCGCACCUCUUGCUCCUGGACUGGGUCUGGGGGGGCGGUCGGCCCGCGCCGGCGCUCGGCGCGACGCUCGACGCGAUCGCGUCCGGCGACGUCAUGGCCGCGCGCAGGCUCGCGUUCGCGCAGAUGAUCGUCAGCGCGCAGGCGAAGGGCGCGGUCGGCGGCGGCGCGGACGUCCCCGUGCUCGUGCUCAGGCGCAACGACGCGGCGAUCGAGUGCGUGCGGAAGGCGGCUGCGACGCGCGGGGUGAACAGGAUAGCGUUGCUCUACGGCGGGCUUCACAUGCCCGGCUUGACGUCCAAGGUGAUGAACGAGCUCGGGUACGAGAUCACGGGCGCGCCGUCGUGGAGGGCGGUGUGGAAGAUCGACGGUCCGAGUUCGAGGAGCGCGGUCGCGCGGUCGAGGAGCGCGGUGUGGCGGUGGGCGGCGUUGCCGCUGUUGCUGCUCGUGGACGGCGCGGAUUGGGCGUUUACGCUGUCGGACGUCGCGGCGUCGCCGGCGACGGCGGCGAUAGAGAUCGGGCUGUACGUGGUGAGGCACGGGGCGGUGUAUUACGGACUUGGGAAGUGGGUGCUGGAGUGGAACAGGCAGCUGUUCGACGACCGCGGCGGCGGCGGCGAGCGCGGGUUUAGUUAGUCUAGUUGAGCGACUGAGCGACUUCUUAAAGCGCGACGCGACGCUACGCUCG